UAAGAGCAGACUAAAGCCCUGCUGUGACGUCACAGCCAACUAAAUCCCUGCUGUGACGUCACAGGCCGGCAAGGGACGCCGUGGCGCGCAUGCUCCGUGACGCACGAGGCUAAUGGACGAGAACAAGUCGGAAGUCACGUGCUACUUUGCUAUUAGCGCGACAGCUCGCCGGCAGCACGUGGAAGGUGCAUCGUCACGUGACCCGGGAAGGCCAAUCAAGAGGCUGCCUCCCCACCUGCCCCCACCUGCCCCCACCUGCCCCCACCUGCCCCCACCUGCCCGCUUGGAGGUCAAUGACCUUUUAGGCGUCAUCGCGCGAGACCCGCCCGGGGCCCCUCGUUCCCGCCGCAGACGCGGACGUCCGAGAUCCUUUUUCCCGCGCUCGUCUGGCCGGCUCGCGCGGCUCGACGUGGGCGGCGCGUGGAUGCGCGUGCCCGCACGCAGCCGCUCGCCGGCGCGCCACCGCGGCCACAAGCUGGUUGUGACGCGGCGGAUGCACACUGACAUCUCUGCUGCUGCCUCCUGCACGCGAACGCACCUUUGGAGGGAACUGCACGGUCCCUGAACGCAACACUGCACCUUCUCCUCCUACUUCUUCUUCUUUUUCUUUUUCUUUUUCUUUUUCUUCUUCUUCUUCUUCUUCUUCUUCUUCUUCCCCUUCUUCUCCUUCUUAUUCUUCUUCCUCUUCUCCUUCUUCUUCUUCUUCUCCUUCUUCUUCUUUUUCUUCUUCUUCUUCUCCUUCUUCUUCUUCUUCUUCUUUAUGCAGAGGGGAGCAGGUGAGGAGAACAUCAUCACCAUGUUUGUUGUGCAGGUGUGCACUGUCCUCAUCUUCCUCCCGCUGGCCUCGCCAUCAGAUGUGUCAUGUGACACCCUGCUCCUCAUGGCCGCCAACGCCACCUUAUUUCACACGUGGUCUACCUGGAAUGAGAGUCUACACAACAACAACAACAACAACAAGAACAACAACAACAGGAGCAAUCAUGUGAUUGGACUGUACUGUGACACCUCAGUGGAUGGUAUUGGUACCUGCUGGCCCCCCACUGCUGCCGGCGACAUGGUGGCACGACCCUGCCCACACACCUUCUACGGCGUCAGAUACAACACCACCAGUAGUGUGUACAGGAAGUGUCUGGCCAAUGGGACGUGGGCAGCAAGGGGCAACUACUCCAUGUGCCAAGCCAUCCUGCAUCAGGAGAAGAAAGGAAAGCUCCACUACCAGAUCGCCGUCAUCAUCAACUUCCUGGGUCACUGCAUCUCCAUGUUGGCGCUGCUCGUCGCCUUCUUCCUCUUCCUGUGUCUCAGGAGCAUCCGCUGCCUGAGGAACAUCAUCCACUGGAACCUCAUCACUGCCUUCAUCCUCAGGAACGCCACCUGGUUCCUGGUGCAGAUCACCAUCAACCCCCAGGUGCACGAGAGCAACGUGGCGUGGUGUCGCCUGGUGACAGCUUCCUUCAACUACUUCCACUCCACCAACUUCUUCUGGAUGUUUGGAGAAGGCUGCUACCUUCACACGGCCAUCGUGCUGACUUACUCCACUGACAAGCUGCGCAAGUGGAUGUUCUUCUGCAUCGGCUGGUGUAUCCCCUUCCCCAUCAUCGUGGCCUGGGCCGUCGGGAAGUUCUACUACGACAACGAGAAGUGCUGGUUUGGGAAGCGGGCCGGCGUCUACACGGACUACAUCUACCAGGGUCCCAUGAUCCUGGUCCUGGUGAUCAACUUCAUCUUCCUCUUCAACAUCGUCAGAAUCCUCAUGACCAAACUACGAGCGUCCACCACCUCCGAGACCAUCCAGUACAGGAAGGCGGUGAAAGCCACGCUGGUGCUCCUCCCCCUUCUGGGAAUCACCUACAUGCUGUUCUUCGUCAACCCAGGUGAAGACGAGGUCUCUCAGAUGGUCUUCAUUUACUUCAACUCCUUCCUGGAGUCCUUCCAGGGCUUCUUCGUCUCCGUCUUCUACUGCUUCCUCAACAGUGAGGUGCGCUCUGCGGCCAGGAAGCGCUUCCAUCGCUGGCAGGAGCAACAUUCCAUCCGAGUGAGGAGCACCCAGGCCAUGUCCAUCCCAACAUCUCCAUCCAGGGUCAGCUUCCACAGCAUCAAACAGUCCACGUCGCUAUGACGACACCUCUUCUACUUCUUCUUCUUCUUCUUCUUCUUCUUCUUCUUCUCUCCAUUCCCCGCUCUGGAAGGAAGACAUCUUUGAAGAUGUCCUCACCACUGAGAGACAUAUUUGAUGAUGUCACCACCACUGAGAGACAUAUUUGAUGAUGUCACCACCACUGGGAGACAUAUUUGAUGAUGUCACCACCACUGAGAGACAUAUUUGAUGAUGUCACCACUGAGAGACAUAUUUGAUGAUGUCACCACCACUGGGAGACAUAUUUGAUGAUGUCACCACCACUGAGAGACAUAUUUGAUGAUGUCACCACUGAGAGACAUAUUUGAUGAUGUCACCACUGAGAGACAUAUUUGAUGAUGUCACCACUGAGAGACAUAUUUGAUGAUGUCACCACUGAGAGACAUAUUUGAUUAUGUCACCACCACUGAGAGACAUAUUUGAUUAUGUCACCACCACUGAGAGACAUAUUUGAUGAUGUCACCACCACUGAGAGACAUAUUUGAUGAUGUCACCACUGAGAGACAUAUUUGAUGAUGUCACCACUGAGAGACAUAUUUGAUGAUGUCACCACUGAGAGACAUAUUUGAUGAUGUCACCACCACUGAGAGACAUAUUUGAUGAUGUCACCACUGAGAGACAUAUUUGAUUAUGUCACCACCACUGAGAGACAUAUUUGAUUAUGUCACCACCACUGAGAGACAUAUUUGAUGAUGUCACCACUGAGAGACAUAUUUGAUGAUGUCACCACUGAGAGACAUAUUUGAUGAUGUCACCACUGAGAGACAUAUUUGAUGAUGUCACCACCACUGAGAGACAUAUUUGAUGAUGUCACCACUGAGAGACAUAUUUGAUGAUGUCACCACUGAGAGACAUAUUUGAUGAUGUCACCACCACUGAGAGACAUAUUUGAUGAUGUCACCACUGAGAGACAUAUUUGAUGAUGUCACCACCACUGAGAGACAUAUUUGAUGAUGUCACCACUGAGAGACAUAUUUGAAGAUGUCCUCACCACUGAGAGACAUAUUUGAUGAUGUCACCACCACUGAGAGACAUAUUUGAUGAUGUCACCACUGAGAGACAUAUUUGAUGAUGUCACCACUGAGAGACAUAUUUGAAGAUGUCCUCACCACUGAGAGACAUAUUUGAUGAUGUCACCACCACUGAGAGACAUAUUUGAUGAUGUCACCACUGAGAGACAUAUUUGAUGAUGUCACCACUGAGAGACAUAUUUGAUGAUGUCACCACUGAGAGACAUAUUUGAUGAUGUCACCACUGAGAGACAUAUUUGAUUAUGUCACCACCACUGAGAGACAUAUUUGAUUAUGUCACCACCACUGAGAGACAUAUUUGAUGAUGUCACCACUGAGAGACAUAUUUGAUGAUGUCACCACUGAGAGACAUAUUUGAUGAUGUCACCACUGAGAGACAUAUUUGAUGAUGUCACCACCACUGAGAGACAUAUUUGAUGAUGUCACCACUGAGAGACAUAUUUGAUGAUGUCACCACUGAGAGACAUAUUUGAUGAUGUCACCACCACUGAGAGACAUAUUUGAUGAUGUCACCACUGAGAGACAUAUUUGAUGAUGUCACCACCACUGAGAGACAUAUUUGAUGAUGUCACCACUGAGAGACAUAUUUGAUGAUGUCACCACUGAGAGACAUAUUUGAUGAUGUCACCACCACUGAGAGACAUAUUUGAUGAUGUCACCACUGAGAGACAUAUUUGAUGAUGUCACCACCACUGAGAGACAUAUUUGAUGAUGUCACCACUGAGAGACAUAUUUGAUGACGUCACCACCACUGAGAGACAUAUUUGAUGAUGUCACCACUGAGAGACAUAUUUGAUGAUGUCACCACUGAGAGACAUAUUUGAUGAUGUCACCACCACUGAGAGACAUAUUUGAUGAUGUCACCACUGAGAGACAUAUUUGAUGAUGUCACCACUGAGAGACAUAUUUGAUGAUGUCACCACUGAGAGACAUAUUUGAUGAUGUCACCACCACUGAGAGACAUAUUUGAUGAUGUCACCACUGAGAGACAUAUUUGAUGAUGUCACCACCACUGAGAGACAUAUUUGAUGAUGUCACCACUGAGAGACAUAUUUGAUGAUGUCACCACCACUGAGAGACAUAUUUGAUGAUGUCACCACCACUGAGAGACAUAUUUGAUGAUGUCACCACUGAGAGACAUAUUUGAUGAUGUCACCACCACUGAGAGACAUAUUUGAUGAUGUCACCACUGAGAGACAUAUUUGAUGAUGUCACCACUGAGAGACAUAUUUGAUGAUGUCACCACUGAGAGACAUAUUUGAUGAUGUCACCACCACUGAGAGACAUAUUUGAUGAUGUCACCACCACUGAGAGACAUAUUUGAUGAUGUCACCACUGAGAGACAUAUUUGAUGAUGUCACCACCACUGAGAGACAUAUUUGAUGAUGUCACCACUGAGAGACAUAUUUGAUGAUGUCACCACUGAGAGACAUAUUUGAUGAUGUCACCACUGAGAGACAUAUUUGAUGAUGUCACCACCACUGAGAGACAUAUUUGAUGAUGUCACCACUGAGAGACAUAUUUGAUGAUGUCACCACCACUGAGAGACAUAUUUGAUGAUGUCACCACCACUGAGAGACAUAUUUGAUGAUGUCACCACUGAGAGACAUAUUUGAUGAUGUCACCACAACUGAGAGACAUAUUUGAUGGUGUCGUAGCUGAGAGACAUAUUUGAUGAUGUCACCACUGAGAGACAUGAUACAUGAUGAUGUCACCACUGAGAGACAUAUUUGAUGAUGUCACCACUGAGAGACAUGAUACAUGAUGAUGUCACCACUGAGAGACAUGAUACAUGAUGAUGUCACCACUGAGAGACAUAUUUGAUGAUGUCACCACUGAGAGACAUAUUUGAUGAUGUCACCACCACUGAGAGACAUAUUUGAUGAUGUCACCACUGAGAGACAUAUUUGAUGGUGUCGUAGCUGAGAGACAUAUUUGAUGAUGUCACCACUGAGAGACAUAUUUGAUGAUGUCACCACUGAGAGACAUAUUUGAUGAUGUCACCACCACUGAGAGACAUAUUUGAUGAUGUCACCACUGAGAGACAUGAUACAUGAUGUCACCAUGGCUGACGUCACCGUCGCUGAAGUCACAUGAUUGACAGCAGAAUGAAGAAAUGUUGAUUUUACUGAAAAACUGAUGCCAAUGUUUGACUGCACGUAUUGAUCACUACAUGUAGUGAUCAAUACGUGUAUUGAUGAAUAAGUAUCGAUCACUACAUGCAGUGAUCACUACAUGCAGUGAUCAAUAAGUGUAUUGAUAAAUAAGUAUUGAUCACUACAUGCAGUGAUCAAUAAGUGUAUUGAUAAAUAAGUAUUGAUCACUACAUGCAGUGAUCAAUAAGUGUAUUGAUGGCUGCAGCAGCGAGCAGGAAGUGGUGAGUGUGGACAUGAUGACCUUCCUUCCUUCCUUCCUGUGUCAGACCUAGUAGAAGCUUGUAGAUGAUUAUUGAUUGUCAAUCAGUCCUAUUAUUGAUUGUCAAUUAGUCCUUCUAUUGAUUAUCAAUCAGUCCUAUUGUUUGCAUGCCCUUGAGUUGUGUGAAGUAUGAUUCAUGUCUGAAUGAACACAUGAAUGAAGAUGUUUGACUUUGUUGUGUCAGCACAUCAGGAAGAAGAGAUCAGACACUCAAGCACAACUUUUCAAACAAUUAUCAAUUUAGCAAAUGAUCAAAUGUAACUUCUCACAUUACAUAACUGACAUAUACAACCUUUAUUAGUCUUACUACUAUAAUAUUAUUAUUAUUAUUAGCAGUAUUAUUGUUGGUAUUAUCAUAUUACAUAACUAAAAUAUAAACCCAUUAUUAUUAUCAUAUUACAUAACUGAAAUAUAAUCUCAUUGUUAUAAUAUUCCAUAACUGAAAUAUCAUAUAUUAUUAGUGUUCCCCGCGACCCCAAAAGGGAAUAAGCGGUAGGAAAUGGAUGGAUGGAUGGAUUAUUAUUAUUGUUAUCAUCAUUAUUAUUAUCAUUAUUGUUAUUAUUAUUAUUAUUAUUGUUAUAUCCCAUAACUGAAAUAUCAUCUUUAUUAUUAUUAUAAUUAUAAUUAUUACCAUAAUUGAGCAUAAGUGAAAUAUCAUGUUAUAUUGCAGCUGAGAGGCUCCAGCGACCCCAAAAGGGAAUAAACAGUAGAAAAUGGAUGGAUGGAUGAUUAUUAUUGUUAUUAUGACGAUGAUAUUCCAUAAAGCAAGAUGAGGAUGAUGUCAUUCCACACCCAGAAGUGUUGACUUCCAGUUCAUCUUGAGGUUGUUGUUUUGUGUGCCAGAGUUUUGCUGCGUUGGACAAUCCAGACGCCGGGCUGGGCGGGUCAGGACUUGACAAGCUCCUCCCAAAUGUCACACAUUACCCACAAUUCCUGCUGAAGAUGACCCCUGCCCUAGGGUCAGCAGCUCAGGUAAUAGAGCGAGGACCGGGUCAAGGGUUGAAGUGUCACAAGUGACUUGUGUCUGGGAUCUACUUCCUGGACACCUGAGGAACAUUAAACAUGAGAUGACAUCAUUAAACAUGAGAUGACAUCAUUAAACAUGAGAUGACAUCAUUAAACAUGAGAUGACAUCAUUAAACAUGAGAUGACAUCAUUAAACAUGAGAUGACAUCAUUAAACAUGUCAGCAGGUAGGAACUACAAUUCUGCUUUUGUGUUUAACUUUGACAUCACCGCCAUCUUGUGUCGGUCACUGGAACUACAUCAUGAGUGACGUCAUCGUUCAUCUCAGCGCAGUCAGUGACAACAAACAUAAUCACGAUGAAAAAAUAAAAUAAAAUAAAAAAAUAUAUAUACAUAUUUAAAAUGAAUAUGUAUACAAUCUAAAUAAUUAUAAUAUUUACUGUAAUAUAUAUUCAAAAUAACUAUAUAUACAGUCUUAUUAAUUAAAAUAUUCACUGCUAUAUAUAUUCAAACAUGAUUAUGCCCAAAUCAAUCAAUCAAUCAAUCAAUCAAUCAAUGUAUUUUAUUUCGGCAAUCUUCACAUAAAACAAAGAACAACAACAAGAAAAAAAAAAAACAGCACUCAUUUGAGCAAUGAUUGAGCCAAAAGGGUGUAGGUUGAAGCAACACUUAUAUAAACCUAACCCAUCACAACAAGAACAAGGUUCAAAAUAUAUCAAAUCUAAAACAUGCUUCACUUAUAUUACUUUUUUUUAAACAAUAUAUAAGCAACAUAUAUGUAGCACACGUCUCAUAUACACAGUUUAACAUUUAAAUCAAACAUAUACAUUUGUACACUUAUUUAUAUAUAUAUACAUAUAUAUAUUAUAUAUACACAAUUUAUUUAAAUUCCAUAUAAAGUAGUAAUAUAUACAUUUUAAUAUAACCUAUAUGUAUAAUUAUGAAAUCAUAAAUUGUAUUUAUAUACAUAUUAUAUAUUAUUGUCUUUCUAAAACAAUGUUUGCUCUUCUUUCUUAUAUUUACUAAUGAUAAAUGAUUUAAAAAGCUUUUUAAACUGGUUUAUGUUGGUGCUGUGUUUUAUUUCAUCCUUUAAACAGUUCCAUAUUUUAACCCCUGCUAUUGUUAUACUCAUUCCUUUCUGCCUUGUUCUACAAUA